AUGCCCAACUCAACCGACCAUGAACGAACCCUACCCCAGGAGAUGCAAAUCACCGCCCAAACCGGCGACCUCGCACUCCUCCAAACCCAACUAGCCCAGUGGGAAUCCCAAGUCUCAGCCCCAAACCAAACAACAACAACAACAACAACAACAACAAACCAAUCGCAAGAACAGAAGCAAGACAACCUCUCAUUCAAACCCACACUAACAGAGCAAGUCGAACGGGCAUACAUGGCAGACCGCACCGGCAAAGCGGGCCCUCUUUACGACCUUCUUAGCCGCCUGCUCGUCCAGGCCGCGCGGACAAACCAGGCUGCUGUUGCCAGAUACAUACUGGGCGAGCGAGGCGGGUUUGUUACGUCUAUGGCUAUGCGCAGGGGAAUGGCUGCCAGCGCUUUUGAUGUGCUUGAGGUGUUUCGGGAGUAUGGGUGGCAAGUCAACGAGCCUGUUCAGGAUGGUCGAUGUCCGAUACUAGGGUUCGUGACAAAUAACGAGGCGCGGGUGCGCUGGUGUCUCGAGCAAGGGGCCGAUCCCAACGCCAGAAACAAGAACAAGUACAUGGAUGUGCCGAGCCAAGCUGGUCGGUAUGCCUCGGUGCCAGUAUUGCAAUUGCUUGCUGCCCGUGGUGCCAACUUUCGCUGCAGUAAUGCUCUCCAGCGCGCUGCUGAGGCUGAGACUGAGACUGAAAGUGCGGACCGGAUGGAACUUCUGCAGUGGCUGCUGGAUGAGGCAGGCUUCCCGAUCAACCAGCGUGAGUUUGAGUACGACCCCGAGGAGUUUCAUAAGUGGUGGGGCAACGGGCUGGGGACUGCGUUGCAUUUUGCUGUUUAUGCAAACGACCCUGAGCGGGUGCGGUUUCUGCUGGAGCGUGGCUGUGAUGUUAACCUGAAGGAUACGCUGGGCCGGACUGUACGGGAAUUGUGCCGCGAGGAGAAGAACGCGGAGGUCAUUGCAAUUCGUGAUAGCUGGGGAAGCGAUCCUUCUCUUCACGGACAAUCCUCUGGGAUAAGGGAUAGAGGAGCCUAUACUUCGGUAAGGCCCUUCCAUGAAGUUCUGUUAUAUCGACCGGUACCAGGGGUUAGACAGUAA